GCACCCUCCUGGCCCGUCCCUAUUUCUGUGGGCUGCAUCCUGCAAUACCCAGCCGACUUCUCCAACUUUUGACUGCAGGGCACACACACUUAGCGGUGCCAACAUCUCACUGCUUCGCCUUAGCAACCACAUCGGCCUCCUUUAUUCCCCGUUCCUCGUCGGCAGUCGGCACUGGAAAUGGGCGACUCGUCCGCAGCGUCGGCGUCGGCGUCAGCGCCAGCGCCUAGCGGCAAGCUGUCGAACCUGCCGCAGCUGCACCGGUACGUGACGGGGCACGACAGCGCGGGCAAGGCGAUUGUGCGCAACCACGGCGACUUUGAGUGGAAGCCGUACGACGAGGACCGGCUGGCGUUCAGCGUGGCGUACACGACGUCCGAGUUCCCCGCGGACCUCAACAACGACGCCGACGUGGCGGCGCACGAGCGGCUGGUGGCGAUCGAAGGCGAGGGCCAGCUGGGGCUGGUCAACCCGCGCGGCACGGUGCUGCGGUGCGUUGACUUCGCGCCGGGGUACGCGUGCGGCAUGCACCGCACGCAGAGUCUUGAUUAUGGCAUCGUGCUCGAGGGCCACAUCGACAUGGUGCUCGACAGCGGCGAGGUCCACCCGCUCAAGCGCGGCGACGUCGCCAUCCAGCGCGCCACCCAGCACCAGUGGGUCAACAGGAGCACCACCGAGUGGGCCCGCAUGAUGUUCGUCCUGCAGGACUGCAAGCCCCUGACCGUCGCCGGCGUCGAGCUCAAGGAGGACCUCGGCACCAACUCGGGCCUGCCCCCGAGCGGCAACUGACCGGCACCGCCGCGCUAAUUGCGGGGAAUCAGGAGAGGAGGAAGACUCAUGUAUCGUGCCUGGCUCGGAUAUUCUCGGCUGUUGAAGGCAUGCUAGACUAGAGGAAGACUGGCGGAGCACGUUGCGUUAUUCGUGUGCUGUUAUCAACAUCAAUAGUACAUAAUCAUAACCCCCGAGAUAUUCCUUCAGGUAUGAAAAACAGUUAGCCUACAUCUAGGUACCUAUGUACCCCGAAAUUGGUACGGCAUGGCUUCCCCGAGUUUUGCCCAUGACGACAUGACUUUGCCGUACUAUAUGCCUAGGUAAGCACCAGGUCCAGCAAGAGGUCCACUUGUUCUACAUUUUGGUAACGGCCACUUGCACGG